GGGAGCGGGGCGGGGGCCACCAUUCCUCCCCGCGCCGAGCUCUGUGUCGCCGCAGUCGCCUAGGCGGUUGGGGGUCGGAGGGACGGUGCGGGCGGGGGUCGCUGCGCGGGGCGGCGAGCCUCUGUUUUGUCUCCUCCUCUCCCUGUGGAGGGGCUCGGGCUGCUGGGGAGGCCCCGGCUCCCUCCGGACGCUCGGCCAACGGCGGCGGCGACGGCGGCUAGUCCGCGGCCCUGCUGAGAGGGAAAAGGACGCCGCGGUCUUCCCAGGCGUCGCGGAGAGCAGUUCCAAAGAACUACUGGUUCAGAUUUUAGCUCUUCCCAAGUUGUGAAAAUAGUGAAGGAUGCUUAGACUACUUAACAUACAAACUGCUUUCUGGUUAAUCAUCUUUAGAAGACUGGAUUUCUGGAUAUCUACUCCACUCCAUCUCUAUUGACGUUUAAAACAUGAUAAUGCAAACCUAUAACACUGGCAACCAUCAGUGAACCUUUAAUUUCAUUGAUUAAUAGCGUUUGAAGCUUCCUCAGGGAAUAACAAUGACAUCAGCAGUGGUUGACAGUGGAGGUACUAUUUUGGAGCUUUCCAGCAAUGGAGUAGAAAAUCAAGAGGAAAGUGAAAAGGUUUCUGAAUAUCCAGCAGUGAUUGUGGAGCCAGUUCCAAGUGCCAGAUUAGAGCAGGGCUAUGCAGCCCAGGUUCUGGUUUAUGAUGAUGAGACUUAUAUGAUGCAAGAUGUGGCAGAAGAACAAGAAGUUGAGACCGAGAAUGUGGAAACAGUGGAAGCAUCAGUUCAUAGCAGUAAUGCGCACUGUACAGAUAAGACAAUUGAAGCUGCUGAAGCCCUGCUUCAUAUGGAAUCUCCUACCUGCUUGAGGGAUUCAAGAAGUCCUGUGGAAGUGUUUGUUCCUCCUUGUGUAUCAACUCCAGAAUUUAUCCAUGCUGCUAUGAGGCCAGAUGUCAUUACAGAAACUGUAGUGGAGGUGUCAACUGAAGAGUCUGAACCCAUGGAUACCUCUCCUAUUCCAACAUCACCAGAUAGCCAUGAACCAAUGAAAAAGAAAAAAGUUGGCCGUAAACCAAAGACCCAGCAAUCACCAAUUUCCAAUGGGUCUCCUGAGUUAGGUAUAAAGAAGAAACCAAGAGAAGGAAAAGGAAACACAACCUAUUUGUGGGAGUUCCUUUUAGAUCUACUUCAAGAUAAAAAUACUUGUCCCAGGUAUAUUAAAUGGACUCAGAGAGAAAAAGGCAUAUUCAAGCUGGUGGAUUCAAAGGCUGUCUCUAAGCUUUGGGGAAAGCAUAAGAACAAACCAGACAUGAACUAUGAAACCAUGGGACGAGCUUUGAGAUACUACUACCAAAGGGGAAUUCUUGCAAAGGUUGAAGGACAGAGGCUUGUAUAUCAGUUCAAGGAUAUGCCCAAAAACAUAGUGGUCAUAGAUGAUGACAAAAGUGAAACCUGUAAUGAAGAUUUAGGAGGAACUACUGAUGAAAAAUCAUUAGAACGAGUGUCACUGUCUGCAGAAAGUCUCCUGAAAGCAGCAUCCUCUGUUCGCAGUGGAAAAAAUUCAUCCCCUGUAAACUGCUCCAGAGCAGAGAAGGGUGUAGCUAGAGUUGUGAAUAUCACUUCCCCUGGGCACGAUGCUUCAUCCAGGUCUCCUACUACCACUGCAUCUGUGUCAGCGACAGCAGCUCCAAGGACAGUUCGUGUGGCAAUGCAGGUACCUGUUGUAAUGACAUCAUUGGGUCAGAAAAUUUCAACUGUGGCAGUUCAGUCAGUUAAUGCAGGUGCACCAUUAAUAACCAGCACUAGUCCAACAACAGCGACCUCUCCAAAGGUAGUCAUUCAGACAAUCCCUACUGUGAUGCCAGCUUCUACUGAAAAUGGAGACAAAAUCACCAUGCAGCCUGCCAAAAUUAUUACCAUCCCAGCUACACAGCUUGCACAGUGUCAACUGCAGACAAAGUCAAAUCUGACUGGAUCAGGAAGCAUUAACAUUGUUGGAACCCCAUUGGCUGUGAGAGCACUUACCCCUGUUUCAAUAGCCCAUGGUACACCUGUAAUGAGACUAUCAAUGCCUCCUCAGCAGGCAUCUGGCCAGACUACUUCUCGAGUUAUCAGUGCAGUCAUAAAGGGGCCAGAGGUUAAAUCGGAAGCAGUGGCAAAAAAGCAAGAACAUGAUGUGAAAACUUUGCAGCUAGUAGAAGAAAAACCAGCAGAUGGAAAUAAGACAGUGACCCACGUAGUGGUUGUCAGUGCGCCUUCAGCUAUUGCCCUUCCUGUAACUAUGAAAACAGAAGGACUAGUGACAUGUGAGAAAUAAAAUAGCAGCUCCACCAUGGACUUCAGGCUGUUAGUGGCAGUACUGACAUAAACAUUUGCAAGGGAAGUCAUCAAGAAAAGUCAAAGAAGACUUUAAAACAUUUUUAAUGCAUAUACGAAAACAAUCAGACUUACUGGAAAUAAAUUACCUAUCCCAUGUUUCAGUGGGAAAUGAACUACAUAUUGAGAUGCUGACAGAAAACUGCCUCUUACAGUAGGAAACAACUGAACCCAUCAAUAAGAAAAAGGAUUGAAAGGGACCAAGCAGCUCACUACGAUAUCAAGUUACACUAAGACUUGGAACACUAACAUUCUGUAAGAGGUUAUAUAGUUUUCAGUGGGAGGGGUUGGGAUGGGUAAUCUCAUUGUUACAUAUAGCAAUUCUUGAUGCAUUUUAUAUGCAUACCAGCAAUUAUUACUGUGUUCGCACAGUUCUCACUUAACUGGUGCUAUGUGAAGACUCUGCUAAUAUAGGUAUUUUAGAAUGUGAAUUGAAGAAUGGAUCCCAAAAACUUCAGAAAGAGGAUAGCAAAAAAAGAUCUAGUGCGAUUUUAUAUAUAUAUAUAUAUAUAUAUAUAUAUACACACACAUAUAUAUAUAUCAUAUAGCUUAAGCUGAUUUAAAACAAAGGCCUUAGACUAAUUUUCGGUUUUCUUUCUUGAAAUAAGCUAAUGGCUUGUUUGUGUAAAGCUUUUUUAUUAAAAGAAAAA